GAGGAGCGGCGGCGGCGGCUGGAGCUGCUGUGGCGACGGACGCGAGGCGGUGGCAGAGGGGACCCACCCCUGUCCACAUGGACAGUCGCAGAGACCUCGGCUGAUGCAUUCGCGCCUGGGCGGGGUGGGCGGACGGCCGUAGCGGCGGCGGCGGCGGCUGCAGAAGGAGAGAACGGCCUGGGGGCGCCUGACGGUCGUAGAGACCUCGCCGCCCCGGCGCGGCGGGUGCGGCCAUUUUACGGCCCGGGACUUAGGGAGGCGUGUUUGUGUGCUCGCCUUCAGUCUCUCUUCCUGCGGGCUCGCGGCUGAGGGAAGCUUCUCAGGCGGCCUGGGUGGGCGGUGGAUGGGGAGUCGCGGGCCGAGAGGCACCGGGCCCGGGAAGCGCCGUCGCCGUCGUCGCCGCUCGCGUUCGCCCGGAGGCGCCUGAGCAGCCCAGGCCGCGGGUCUCGCCGCCCACCAGCCCGCGGAUAGGCCCGGGAGCGCCCGGCCUGCUUUUGUGUAGGCCCGUCCGGACGGGGGAGCGCCGCCCGCCUGACGGCCGAGUCCUAGGCCCGCAACCCUGCGGCGGCUACCCUCCUGCGGCGCGGCCCCUCAUCCCGGCGAGCGCGGCGGCGGUGUGGGCCAUGGAUUAAGAAGGCGGCGGCGUGGGAGGAGGAAGAUGGCGGCUGGCAAGAGCGACGGCAGCGCAGGGGAGAUUACUUUUCUGGAAGCUUUGGCUAGAUCAGAAUCUAAAAGAGAUGGAGGUUUUAAAAAUAAUUGGAGCUUUGAUCAUGGAGAAGAAAGUGAAGGAGAUACAGAUAAAGAUGAGGCAAAUCUACUCAGUGUAGAUGAAGAUGAGGAUUCUGAAACCUCAAAAGGAAAAAAGUUAAAUCGUCAAUCUGAAGUUGUUGCUACUAAUUCUGGUGAUCCCUGGAAGACAUGUGCAAGACGAAACAAGACUGAAAGUUUAAAACCUUUGAAAGGCAACGCAAUUGGACUUAACAUGUUGAGCAACAAUAAGAAAUUGAGUGAAAAUACUCAAAAUGCAUCAUUAUGUUCUGCAACUAUAAGACGUUUUCCUCAUGCUAAUGCACAGAUAUCAAUAGUAAAAACAGCAGCCCAAAGCAGUCUGGACCAAAAGGAAAGGAAAGAAUACCCACCUCAUGUCCAAAAAUUUGAAAGUAAUCCUGUAAGGUUAAGUCGGCCCCAAGGUAUUGAUCGUAUAAUGAAGAAAACAGAAGAGUCUGAAUCACACCUGGAGUCUGAAAUUAAAAGGAAAGUACCACAGAAACGUCACAGUAGUACAUAUCAGUCUACCCCAUCUCCUCUGUCUCCUGCUUCCAAAAAAUGUUUAACUGAUUUAGAGGUUUCUAAACAGUGUGGAUAUUGUCCAAAAUGUGGAAAAGAAAAAGAAAAUCAGACUAAAUGCCAAAGUUGUGGUAUUCCUUUUAAGGAUUUGCAGAGAAAUUGCAGACAAGCUGUAACUUUGAAUGAAUCUACUGGAUCAUUAUUAAGAACAUCAAUUCAUCAGAAUUCUGGCGGACAGAAGUCGCAAAACACAGCAUUACCAGCCAAGAAGUUUUAUGGCAACAGUGUGGGAAAGGUUCCAAUUGAUAUUAUUGUGAAUUGUGAUGAGAGUGGACAGAAUUAUUUACAGACUAAUGGGAAAGUCAUUUUAUCUAGGGCAAAAGUAGCCAAAAUCACAAACCUGAAAGAAAGGAAAACAAGCCUGUCAGAUCUAAACGAUCCAAUCAUUUUGUCCAGUGAUGAUGACGAUGAUGACAGUGACAGGACUAACAGAAGAGAGAGCGUAUCUCCUCAACCUGCUGAUUCAGCAUGUUCCUCCCCAGCACCAUCCACCGGAAAAGUAGAAGCAGCACUAAAUGAAAAUACAUGUAGAGUAGAGCAUGAACUAAGAAGCAUUCCAGCAGAUUCAGAAUUAAAUACAGUUACAUUGCCAAGAAAAGCAAGAAUGAAAGACCAGUUUGGUAAUUCUAUUAUCAGUACACCUCUGAAACGUCGCAAAGUGAUUUCUCAAGAAACUUCAGUUGAUCCUGUAUCUUUAAACUGCCAAAGUUCCUUUGAUAGUGUAAUUUUAAACUGUCGAAGUAUACGAGUGGGAACACUCUUCCGACUAUUAAUAGAGCCUGUAAUUUUUUCUUUAGAUUUUAUCAAGAUACAGCUGGAAGAACCAGAAAACGAUCCUGUAGGGAUUACUCUAAAUACCUCUGAUCUGACUAAAUGUGAAUGGUGUAAUGUCCGAAAAUUACCAGUAGUGUUUCUUCAGACAACACCAGCAGUUUAUCAGAAGCUGAGCGUGCAGCUGCAGAUGCACAUGGAGGAUAAAGUUUGGAAUGAUUGUAAAGGAAUAAAUAAGUUAACAAAUUUGGAAGAACAAUACAUAAUUCUGAUUUUUCAAAAUGGCCUUGAUCCUCAAGCAAAUAUGAUAUUUGAAAACAUCAUUACUGAAAUUGGUAUAAAGAAUAAUGUGUCCAAUUUUUUUGCAAAAAUUCCCUUUGAAGAAGCCAAUAGCAGACUUGUUGCCUGCACAAGAACCUAUGAAGAGAGCAUCAAAGGAAGUUGUGUGCAAAAAGAAAACAAAAUUAAAAAUGUGGCACUUGAAUCUAAGAUACAACUUAAAAACAAACAAGACUUCCAGUUUUUUGAUGAUGAGGAAGAAGCUGGAGAAAGCCACACCAUCUUCAUGGGCCCUGUAGAAAAAUUGAUAGUAUAUCCACCACCUCCAGCUAAGGGAGGCAUCUCUGUUACUAAUGAGGACCUGCAUUGUCUAAGUGAAGGAGAAUUUUUAAAUGAUGUUAUUAUAGACUUUUAUUUGAAAUAUUUGGUGCUUGAAAAAUUGAAGAAAGAAGAAGCUGACCGAAUUCAUAUAUUCAGUUCUUUUUUCUAUAAACGCCUUAAUCAGAGAGAGAGGAGAAAUCUUCAUGAAACAACUAAUCUAUCAAUACAACAAAAGCGACAUGGGAGAGUCAAAACGUGGACCCGGCAUGUAGACAUUUUUGAGAAGGAUUUUAUUUUCGUACCCCUUAAUGAAGCUGCACACUGGUUUUUGGCUGUUGUUUGUUUCCCUGGUUUGGAAAAACCAAAGUAUGAACCUAAUCCUCAUUACCAUGAAAACACAGUCAUGCAAAAAUGUUCAACUGUAGAGGACAGUUGUAUUUCUUCUCCUUCAGCCAGUGAAAUGGACAGUUGUUCACAAAACUCUUCUGCCAAGCCUGUAAUUAAGAAGAUGCUAAACAGAAAGCAUUGCGUAGCUGUAAUUGAUUCAAAUAAUGAACAGGAAGAAAGUGACCCUCGUUAUCGGAGAAACAUAAGCAGUGUGAAAUGUAGUCUGAAAAAAAUAAAUCAUACUGCAAGUGAAAAUGAAGAAUCGAAUAAAGGAGAAUCUGCAUGCCAGAAAGUUGUUGAUAGGACUAAAAGUGAGAAUGGCCUACAGAAUGAAUAUUUAAGUUCUAUGCACCAUACAGAUGGCUUAAGUAAAAUCAGACUAAACUAUAGUGAAGAAUCAGCUGAAGGUAGUAAAAUGCUUGAAGAUGAACUCAUCGACUUCUCAGAAGAUCAGGACAACCAGGAUGAUAGCAGUGAUGAUGGUUUCCUUGCUGAUGACAACUGCAGUUCAGAAAUAGGACAGUGGCAUUUAAAGCCUACCAUCUGUAAACAACCUUGCAUCCUACUGAUGGACUCACUCAGAGGCCCUUCUCGGUCAAAUGUUGUAAAAAUUCUAAGAGAGUAUUUAGAGGUGGAAUGGGAAGUUAAAAAAGGAAGCAAAAGAAGUUUUUCCAAAGAUGUUAUGAAAGGCUCUAAUCCAAAAGUACCCCAGCAAAACAACUUCAGUGAUUGUGGUGUUUACAUAUUGCAGUAUGUAGAGAGCUUUUUUGAGAAUCCAAUUCUUAGUUUUGAACUACCUAUGAAUUUGGCAAACUGGUUUCCUCCUCCAAGAAUGAGAACAAAAAGAGAAGAAAUACGAAACAUAAUUCUGAAGCUGCAGGAAGAUCAGAGCAAAGAGAAGAAGAAGCAUAAGGACACUUACUCAACAGAAACGUCUUUAGGCGAGGGAACAGAACAAUAUGUCAAUAGCAUCUCAGAUUGACCACUUCUGAUGCUUGUCAGUAUUGCCUUCAGAAACUGAGUGACUUUCAACUUUGGGUAUAGACAGUAAAGAACUGAAGUGCUCUCUACUCAGAGUGAUUUGGAAAUGUUAAUGCUUGUAUAAAUGUCAUAUAAUUAAUUUCCAAUGGAGUAUGUAUUAAGUAAAAGUCUGUAAAUAUGUUAAUGAGGCCAAUUUUUCCAGCAUUUAUAAUUAUUUUUUUCACUUGUUAGGAAGCUUUUGUUAUGUAUUUUCUGUUAAUAGUACUUAAAACUGCAACUUCUAAACACAAAAUAAAUAAAAAGAAAAUAUUUAUAGGAGGAAAUGAUUAAUUUGAUAUUCUUUAGUGAAAUUGUAUUCAAUCUUCAGUGGGUAUGAUAUAUUUCAUGGGAAUAUUCGAGUAGCAAUGAUAGUCUUUUGACCUUUGCAUUUGUUCUAAAAUAACUUGAAAUAUGAAACUAAGAUUAAAUCAAAGGCAUUUUGAAUAAGAAAGACAUCUUCAUAUGCUUGUGUAGCAGAAAAAAAAUAACAGCUUUUUAAUUCAUACACUCCAUUGUACUUAGAGAACUGGGCCCCCAAAUGUAAUAAAUAUUUAUAAUUUUAUUCAAAUAUUUAAGAAGGAGUAUUUAGAGCAAUUCAAAGAAAAAUAACUGAAUUAUACUACUAAAUAAUAACUAUACUUUAUCAUACAUUAUUGUCAAGUACAUUUCUGAAGAUGUCAAAGGCUCAGGUUAAAACUAUUUUGGUAAAUACAGCUUCAGUUUCAAAUAUCCCAUGUUACCUUUCCCUAUUAUAGCUUAAAGUAUCUUCAACCUGUGUGAUAUAGUUAACUGAGAAACAUUUUUAACCUGUGAACACAGGAAUUUAAAUAGGAAUUUACUAUUUUUUGUAAUGACUUUUGCUAUUUUUUCAUUGCUUAUUUUGUUCUUGUUAUUUUGAUACACAAAUUAUCAGACUUUUUGCACCUGAGUUUUUUAGUGUAAAUUAUUUUUACAAGCGAAAGUAGUCUUUAGUCAGUUGCAUAAUACAGAAAAAAAAUCUCCUACCUUGAAUUCCCCUUUAAAAUAAUAAAAUGUGAUGGUUUUGAUGACAAAUUUGGAACUCAUGUAGGAAUAUUGCACAUAUCUGCCAAAACUAUUAUUUUCAAAUGAAAUGUUACACAUUUCUUUCGAAUUAACUUUGAGACUUGAAAUUAUAUAUUUUAAAAAUCUUUUUUUUGUUGUUAAAUAAUUUAAAGUGCACAUAUAACAAACAUAUUUGAAAAUAAACAGAAGACCAUUUUAAAUAUAAUUAUUUUUUAAUCUUGCCAUUUUCUGGCAUUGCAACCAACAUUUUAGGCUAUUUUCCUGGAUUUAAUUAAGUCCAUGGAUGUGUUUGGCGUGGAUUGGAGGUGUUGUUAACAACAACCAAAAAAAAAAAAAACAUAUUUAGACACACUCAUUAAGGAAAACAUUAAAAUGUAAGCUUAAGGAAUAUCACCAUUAGUGGUUAUUGAUUAUGGAUUUGUUACUUUGAACCAUCUUUUUUUAUUUAUAAGUUACAUUAUUUCUUUUUUAGGAAUACCCUAGAGCUCUUAACUCAGGUAUGAAAAACACAAGAGUUUAGUUUUAUUUUUUACUGAAUAUGGACCAAAAAAAUGGAUUUUUUUUUAAAACCUGAUAGCAGAAAACAAAAUUGGCAUAUUUAAAUUUUUUUUACUGUACUGUAUUUUAUCAGAAGGUGAAAGUACUGAAAAAAACUAUUCUAAAAU